CAACUGUCAAUACACCGCAUCCAUGGCAGACGUCGAGAAAUCCGCAUCUCCCCCCCCUGAAGCCCUGGCAGUCCAGGAGAUUCACUCACGCAAGCUCGGCCUCUCCACAUCCUACGAAUCCAAAGUCGCCCUCCUGAACUGGCACAUCACCCACGAAGUCGGGUUCGGUAGAUUCCAAUGGACGCUCACUGCUCUGGCUGCAUUCGGCUGGUUCGUUGAUAACGCCUGGUUUCAGUGUGUGUAUGUGGCGACGCCUGAGGUGCAAUUGGAGUUUGAUAUCGCUUAUAUUGGAUGGGCGAGCUUGGCUCUCUAUGCGGGGUUGAUAGUGGGCACAUUCGGUUGGGGCAUCGUUUCAGAUAUCGUGGGACGUCGACUUUGCUUCAAUACGACAUUGUUGGUCAGCUCCGUAUUCGGUCUCGCGGCUGGAGGGGCAAACAAUUAUGUGACGUUCUGCGCGCUUCUCGCAUGCACCGGUCUCGGGGUUGGGGGCAACAUCCCCGUUGACUCUGCCUUGUACUUGGAGUUCAUUCCAGGAACGCACCAAUGGAUGCUAACAUUGCUGUCAAUGUUCUGGUCUCUCGGUACGCUCUUCGUAGCCCUCAUCGGAUGGGGGUUCAUCGCUACGUACUCCUGUGCCGGUGCGCCCUGCACGCGGGAGAACAACAUGGGAUGGCGUUAUGUCUUCUUCACCACAGGCUCGGUGGUGUUCGCCAUGUGGAUCCUGCGAUUCUUCGUUUACCGAAUCCCCGAAUCCCCCAAGUAUCUGAUAGCACGUGGUCGAGAUGCCGAAGCCGUUUCAGUAGUGCACUAUAUGGCAAAGCAAAACGGCCGGAUCUCCACCCUUACGCUCGAGAAACUACGCGCGGCAGCAGGAGAGAGCGUUGAUGACCUCUCCCUGAACCAAGCUGAGUUGUCCCCCACGUCGUGGACCACUGGCAAGUCGCUGUGGGAGAUGACACGGCAGAGCCUGGCCCAGUUCAAGUUUGGGCAUGUGAGGGCCUUGUUUGCUACCUGGAAGAUAGGAAGCAACACCCUCUUGCUCACUCUUCUCUGGGGCCUCAUUGGAGCUGCCUCGCCGCUGUACAACGCCUUCAUUAUCGUCUUCAUAUCAGAGAAAGGCGCCGAAGUCGGUCAAUCAAGCAUCUACACUACGUACCGGCAAUACGCCAUCACCUCCACCGUCGGAAUCCCCGCUGCUAUCAUCGCCGCGGCGCUUGUUGAGCUGCCGCGUUCGGGGAGGAAGGGCGCUAUGGCUUUGUCCACCGCUUUGACAGGCGUGUUCUUGUUCCUUUUCACUACAUCUAGGAAUGCGGAAGGGAUAUUGGGGUGGAACUGCGCGCUGAGCUUGACGCAGGAUAUCAUGUAUGGAGUCAUAUAUGCAUACACUCCGGAAUCCUAUCCUGCGCCUCAGCGCGGAACAGGCUAUGCCAUCUCCAUGACUUUCAACCGCAUCAUGGGCGUCGCCAUGCUCCUCAUUGGUCGAUUCAUGGAGAUCACGCCCACCAAGCCGGUCUACGUCUCCGCAUCCCUCUUGUUGGUCACAGCAGUGCUCAUGCUGCUACUACCGAUCGAGACCGGGAACGGACGUAUGGCCGUCUGAAACAUGAUUACUGUCUUGUCCAUAGUAUCUAUAAUAGAAUUACAAAUGUUGUUGUCCCG